UGUUGGAUGCGUUGUGUGUGACAGAGUGUAUACACAGGGGAGGAGGGAACCAACCUCCCAAACUCCUACACAAGCGCCUCCAACACCUAAUCAUUAAAACACACACACACACACACACACCCUAUCUCCACGGAUACUAAACUUAUACACAACACCGCGUCCAUCAUAGCCUCGAAACAUCGGGCUUGAACAUCAUCACACACCACGCGUUUUUCCGUGGAAUGAGCAUUCCAUGCAGCAUCUUAGGUAUGAAUGACGUGGCCUGGCAGGAGACGCGAGGCGGGAUGCUGCACACAAAUGGUGCGCCAGAGACUGGAGGGGUCAGAGUCCAUGCAGGGGAUUCUCUAGCCACAGUAGGAAGUGCUGGGCAGGGACCUGGAGGAGCUCACCCUCUGCCAGGUAUGGAGCGGGUGGCAAAUCCCAACCCAGGCACCCCUCAGCCUCCACUGAGCGGUCGUUCUCAAGAUGAUGCCACUGUGGGCUAUUUUUUUCAAAGGCAGCCUGGGGAGUUAGGUGGCUGCACUGCAAGCAAACACCGCUGGCCCACUGGUGAUGGAAACCAUGUUGACCAGGUGCGCACUGUGGAUGAGAUGAAUUAUGACUUUCAAGCCUUGGCUCUGGAGUCUCGUGGAAUGGGUGAGCUUCUUCCUGCAAAAAAAUUGUGGGAAUCAGAUGAAUUAGCAAAAGAUGCACGCAAAGGGAUGUUGCUGGGUGAAGAAUGGAGAGAGAAUGCCUGGGGUGCUUCCCAUCAUUCUGUUUCUCAGCCCAUUAUGGUGCAAAGGCGACCAGGCCAGAGCUACAACGGGAACGGAGAUGCAAGCUCUGUACUGUCCCCUCGCUCAGAGGGGGGUGGUCUGGGUGUGAGUAUGGUGGAGUAUGUCCUCAGUUCUUCCCCUGGAGACAAGAUGGAUGGUCGCUACAGAAACGGAGGCUAUGGUGGAGCAGAUGCAGAUCCAGAUGGCAGGGAGAAAGGUGAUUCAAAAGAAAAGACUUCUCCAUUUGAAGAAGACAAAAGUCCUGAGAUGCAAGUCGGAGACGAAGGGGAUGCCUCAAAAGCAAAUUCCAGAGGAUUGCUGAAUGGGAUGGAUCGCGACUGUAAAGACUUCAACCCUACCCCAGGCAGUCGCCAGGCGUCCCCCACAGAGGCAGUAGAACGGUUGGGCCCCAGUCAGGCCGGGUUGGAAAUGAUGGCACAGCACCUCCCACAUACUCUGCAGCCACCCAACCCUCACCUCCCACAUACUCUGCAGCCACCCAACCCUGUCACAAACAAACCUCCCACCGAGGACUUCCAGAACCAGGAAGCCCAGAGCAUGAGCGGCAUGGAGCAUCAGGCAGGCAUGGAGUCGCUCCAAUUUGACUAUGCUGGGAACCAGAUCCAGGUGGACUCAUCUGGUACUCCAGUCGGCCUAUUUGACUACAACUCCCAACAGCAGUUGUUCCAGAGAUCCAGUCAUCUUACAGUUCAGCAGUUGACCGCAGCACAGCAGCAACAGUAUGCCCUUGCUGCAGCCCAACAGCAACACCUUGGCCUUGCACCUGCGUUUGUGCCAAACCCUUACAUCAUCAAUGCUGCCCCUCCUGGAGCAGACCCUUACACCGCUGCAGGAUUGGCAGCAGCUGCCACACUUGCAGGUCCAGCUGUAGUCCCUCCUCAGUACUAUGGAGUGCCGUGGGGUGUGUAUCCAGCCAACCUCUUUCAACAACCGGCUGCAGCUGCUGCCAGUCAUUCCGCCAACCAGCAGGCGUCCAGUCAGGGUCCAGGACAACAGGUGAUUCGUGCAGGGACCAAUCAGCGACCUUUGACCCCUGGCCAGAGCCAACAGAGUCAGCAGGAGUCCCUUGCUGCAGCUGCUGCAAACCCAGCGCUGGCCUUCACAGGCAUGCCAGGUUACCAAGUUCUAGCACCGGCUGCUUACUAUGAUCAGACUGGAGCACUGGUUAUGGGUCCUGGAGCUCGCACUGGCCUGGGUGGACCUGUCCGACUGGUCCAAACCCCUCUCCUCAUCAACCCAGCAGCUGCACAAGCUGCUGCAGCUGCAUCUGCAUCAGGUUCUGCUAACAGCAUGUCUGGUCCUGCUAAUGGUCUGUACCGAUCCAUGGGUUGCCAACAGCCCCAGCAGCCUCAACCUCAGCAACAGCCACCUCCACACUCUAGUGGCCUGCCCUCCAACUCCUUCUAUGGCUCUGGCUCAGUGGCGCCCAGCUCCCAGAGCAGCUCACUAUUCUCUCAUACAAGCGUGGCACCUCCUAGCACCUCUCUGGGUUUCAGCAGCACUGGUGGAUCUCUAGGUGUUGGGCUAGGCUCUGCACUUGGUGCCUUUGGCUCCUCAGUAUCAAGUUCCACUAGCAGCUGCGCAACCCGUCGGGACUCCCUUUUGGCCAGCUCUGACCUGUAUAAGCGUGGUGGUGGUAGUAGCUUGACGCCCAUUGGCCAAUCUUUUUACAACAGCCUAGGAUACUCUUCCUCCCCCAGCCCCAUUGGACUGACGCCUGGUCACUCCCCUCUGACACCUCCACCCUCUCUGCCCUCCUCCCAUGGGUCCUCAUCCAGCCUCCAUCUGGGUGGUCUGACCAAUGGCAGUGGUCGUUAUAUUUCGGCUGCACCAGGAGCAGAAGCCAAAUACAGGAGUUCAGGCAGUACCUCCAGUCUUUUUAGCUCUAGCAGUCAGCUCUUUCCCCCACCACGAGCCCGCUACAGCCGCUCAGAUGUCAUGCCUUCAGGACGUAGCCGCUUACUAGAGGACUUCCGGAAUAAUCGCUUUCCCAACCUGCAGCUGCGAGACCUGCCUGGUCACAUGGUGGAGUUCUCUCAAGACCAGCACGGAUCCAGGUUUAUUCAGCAAAAGUUGGAACGUGCAACUCCUGCAGAGAGGCAGAUGGUGUUUGGGGAGAUCCUACAGGCUGCUUACCAACUCAUGACCGAUGUUUUUGGCAACUAUGUCAUACAGAAGUUCUUUGAGUUUGGCAGUGCGGAUCAGAAACUGGCACUUGCAACUCGUAUCCGUGGCCAUGUGUUGCCGCUGGCUCUGCAGAUGUACGGUUGUCGUGUGAUUCAAAAAGCUCUGGAAUCCAUCUCUUCUGACCAGCAGAGUGACAUCGUACGGGAGUUGGAUGGUCAUGUGCUGAAAUGUGUCAAGGAUCAGAACGGAAAUCAUGUGGUGCAGAAAUGUAUCGAGUGUGUCCAGCCCCAAGCUCUUCAGUUCAUUAUUGAUGCCUUUCAGGGACAGGUGUUUGUUUUGUCCACUCAUCCGUAUGGCUGCAGGGUGAUCCAGCGUAUCCUGGAGCACUGUACCCAGGAGCAGACCCUGCCCAUCCUGGAAGAACUCCACCAGCACUCUGAGCAGCUGGGACAGGAUCAGUAUGGUAACUAUGUAAUCCAGCAUGUUUUGGAGCAUGGGCGUCCAGAAGACAAGAGCAAGAUAGUGGCGGAGGUCAGAGGGAAGGUUCUGGCUUUGAGUCAGCAUAAAUUUGCAAGUAAUGUUGUAGAGAAGUGCGUGAUUCAUUCUUCCCGUGCGGAGAGGGCCCUGCUGAUCGAUGAAGUCUGCUGUCAGAAGGAUGGACCUCACAGUGCACUCUACACCAUGAUGAAGGACCAGUAUGCAAAUUAUGUAGUGCAAAGAAUGAUUGACAUGGCUGAACCUGCCCAGCGCAAGAUCAUCAUGCACAAGAUUCGGCCCCAUAUUGCCACUCUCCGUAAAUACACAUAUGGAAAACACAUCCUGGCUAAGUUGGAGAAGUACUACAUGAAGAGUGGAUCAGACCUAGGUCCAAUUGGGGGCCCCACCAAUGGCUUAAUGUAAGGGCCUCCCACCCAACCCAUGCCCCUUUCGCUCAAAACCACGUCUGUUAUGGGCAUCUCCUCCACCGUGGAGUUCAUACCCUUUAGGGGUUUUACCAAAAAAAUGAAAGUAAAAGAAGUUGGCCUCACCUAAGAAUGCUGAGACGUCUGACUAGUCGCUGGUGCAGUUCCCAGUUCAGUCCCCAUUGUUACCUCCACCACCCCCCACUAGAGAGUGCAUGGUCUGUAAGCUGUUUCCUGGGUAAAGCACAACACCCUUGUUCAUGAUGUAAUUGAUGUAACUGACUGUUUCCUUUUUUCUUUUCUAGUAAAUAUCUUGUAAAAUUUUUUACCUUGUACAUUCUCUGUAGAAAAAGAAAUGUUUGCUGAAAAUUUACAGUUCUAACAAUUUACACCAGCAAGUGACUUUAUAAGGCCAAACUGAGUGAUCCUUUUUAAUGUACUUUUUAUUUUAUUUAAUUUUUUUAAUGUCCAUACUUCUUAAUGGCACAUUUAAGCCCAAUGUUUUAGCCCAAUGGUACACAUGCCAAAGCUGCUGAUGAAAAAUAAUGAACCAGUCAGCUUGAUCUUAAAAACUUGCUUGUAGAUGACCACUUCCGUCUGCCGUGCCAUUGAGUUAGUUGCGUUAAGUUAGUUGCAUUAAGUUAGUUGCAUUAUUCUCAACCAAUCAUAGAGCUUUGCUGCCUAGAGUUUGCUGGUCGUAUCAUUCAGAAGUGGUUUGAAGUGGCUGCAAUUGCCAUCUAUUUUCUUCUUUCCCUCCCUCAUGCACCGUAUUUGAUUAACUGCUCCGGUUUAUUUUUUUUAUUUUUUAUUUUUUAAGAAGCGCGUGUUUGCAGUAUACUAUACACCCCACUGACCAAGUCUGUUGCACACCUAUUGUCUUGGUUUAUUAUUAUGUUUCGAAUGAAUUGUAAGGAUACCAGUGCACCUGCCAUUAUACACAGCUAUGAGUUAGACCGAUACCUGGAAUUUUUCCGUUUUGGGGUGCGUGGGAGGUAUGCAGGGGUGGGGAGAUUUGGCAUGCUGUGUCUGGAUUUAAUGUUUUAAUGGAAUGAUUUUUCUUUGUCAUCACAUUUGUGGAACAUCUGUCUAUUGAGUAGUUUUUUUUAACACUGCCCUAGAAACAGUAUGGUUGUACUGAUUAUCAUCUCUUUACAUUGUAAUAGCUUAGGCAAAAUGUAUAGCAUCUUCAUGUACAAGUAUAAAUAUUAAAUUGUUGCUGUUUUUUGGGUGUGGGGGGAGACGGCGCUUGAGUUUUAGAUGAUGCUCUCCUGGGCAAAGUGGAGAAGUUGGUAGGUGACAUCCCUGUCCUUGGAGUCAUGCAAGGACGUUUGGCUUCGGCGCAAGUAGGACAGAUUUGAUUUCAGGAACGUGAGACGUUGCGGGGUAGGAUUAAAUGUGCGGCAUUCAGCAGUGUAGAUUGAGAAUGUGCAAGAGUAUACUUUUCAGAGAAUGGACAUGGGGCUGCCGUCUUCUGCUGCACGGCUAAUAUAUUAAUGGCUUUUGUUCCUUUGCUUCAUAUGAAUAAAUGUAGAAUACAUGUAGUAUAUGUGGAGUUAAGUGUAAGUUUAUUAGUUAAAUAGAAGAAAAAGAAUCUAGUUGUGAUGUUGGACAGGCCUUGCUAAAUUGCGUAGUGAUUUGCUUUUAUUUUGUCUGUACAGUUGUACAUUUGUAAACGUUAAUGCUGUAAAUGGAAUGUCUUUUACACUUUUUGGGGAAGAAAAAUCAAAAAUGUGCAUUUUGAUGUGUGAAUAUUCAUCACUCCUUUCCCUUUGAAUAUAAUGUAUACAGUUUUCUUUGAACAAGUGUUAUUUUAAAAACAAAAACUUAUGCGUCACAAUCUCAAGGUGGUUUUGUUUUUAAUCAGUUCUUGGAAAAGGUCAGCCUCUUCAUGUACCUGGAGCAAUGACACCUUCUGUUAACAUAGUCAUUUUGACGUGUGGCAGUUGAAUAAAAUAACUAAAAAAUUAUGAAU